AAAAGGAAGGAGAUAUGGUCUAAAGAUGUACAAAUAGCCACUAGACGUGCUUCUUUCUCUCCUUUCACUUGUUGCUUUAGACUCGCUAUCCCUCUCUCUCUUACAAUGCGAGGAGAAUGCUUUUCUAUUUGGACAAUUUUUUCUUUUCUUUCUCUUUUGUUUGUUUAACUUCAUAUUCUUGCUGCUUUCUUCAUACGUCCUUUUCCUUCAUGGUUUUAAUUUUAUCCAUUUGACUAUUCUGCUAAUUACAUGGCUCUUAUGAGGUUGGGCUCUAAAUCUGAAGCCUUUCAUCGGGAAGGCCAAACCUGGUUUUGCACAACUGGGCUUCAAAGUGAUAUUAACAUUGAGAUUGGAGAAAUGUCCUUCAAUCUCCACAAGGUGCAUUUAUUUGUCUGUUGAAAUUUCCCAUUGCUUUCGAGAAGUGGGUUAUUGGCCAAGCUUAUUGAAGAAAAUUCCGGAGAGAAUGGUUCAACUUGUGUCUUGAAACUGGAUGACAUACCAGGUGGUGCUAAAGCAUUUGAGCUCAUUAGUAAAUUCUGCUAUGGUGUGAAAUUAGAGCUUACUGCUCUAAAUGUCGUUUACCUUAGAUGUGCAGCAGAGUACCUUGAAAUGACUGAAGAUUAUGGAGAAGGAAAUCUCAUACCGCAAACGGAGGCUUUUCUUAAUGAAGUAUUUGGCAGUUGGAAAGACUCUUUAAAAGCUCUUGAAACUUGUGAAGAAGUUGUACCUUAUGCAGAAGAAAUUCACAUCGUCUCAAGGUGCAUCGAUUCUUUGGCAAUGAAGGCUUGUGCGGACCCCAAACUACUUAAUGCGACUUUGUUAGGACAGAAUGAGACGAAUGGAGUAAUGGUAUGGAAUGGAAUAUCUGUUGCAACUAAGCCAGAAACUUUAUGCAAUGAUUGGUGGUUUGAAGAUAUCUCAUUGCUUAAUUUACCUUUAUUUAAACGAUUGAUUUUAGCUAUUGAAUCGAAGGGAAUGAAGCCUGAAAUUAUUGCUGCAUCUCUUAUACAUUAUGCUAACAAGUAUCUCCCUUUGAUGAAUAAUAAGCAAUCAAGCAUCAAUGACAUGAAUCGAGUUUCCUUCCCUUCUGAGGCUGACCAAAAGGCUCUUCUUGAGGAAAUUGUAACUUUACUCCCUGAUAAGAAAGGAGCCACUUCCCCUAAGGUUUUGCUCAGGCUACUUGGCAAUGCUGUGGUCUUACAUGCUAGUACAUCAUGCAGGGAAAAUUUGGAGAAAAGGAUAGGAGCUCAGUUGGAUGAAGCUGUACUUGUUGAUCUUCUUAUACCAAAUGUGGGUUACUCGGUAGAGACCCUUUAUGAUAUUGAUUGUGUUCAAAGGAUUCUUGAUCAUUUCAUGUCAUUGCAUCAAGAAACAACUUUAUCAAAUUCCCCUUGCAUAGUUGAAGAGGGCCAGUUUCUAGUCGGGACUGACACGAUAACUCCAGUAACUAUGGUGGCAAGUCUAGUAGAUGGAUUUCUUGCUGAGGUAGCACCGGAUGUUAAUUUGAAGCUUUCGAAGUUUCAACUGCUUGCUGCUACUAUCCCUGAUUAUGCCAGGCCACUUGAUGAUGGCCUUUAUCGUGCUAUUGAUGUAUAUCUAAAGGCACAUCCUUGGCUUACAGAUUUAGAAAGGGAGCAACUUUGUAGACUAAUGAACUGCCAAAAGCUCUCACUAGAAGCUAGCACUCAUGCUGCACAGAAUGAGAGGCUACCUCUUAGAGUAAUUGUCCAAGUUCUUUUCUUUGAACAACUUCGCCUUCGUACAUCAAUUUCUGCUUGGUUCUUUGUGUCAGAGAAUCUAACAAAUUCACAAAAUCACAAUGGAAACCUUGCAUCUCCUAGAAAGGAUGUUUCUUGUCCAGAGGACUGUCCACAAGAUCAUACUAUGAGUGUUGAUAUGAAGGAGCAGAUUUCUGACUCUGAGCUUGAAAAAGAAUGUUCAAACAUGAAUCAAGAAUUUCAGAAGCUUGAGAAAACUAAAAGAAAAUGGAAAAUAUUUUCCAAGAAAUUCAGUUUUAGACAGCCCUGCAAUUCCAAAAAAUCAUGUGAUUUGAAGGAACCAGAAUCAUCUACCAAUGGCCAACAGAAUCAUGAAGAUGGUGAUAUGCCUCAAUAGAAUUUUCAAAUCCAAACUAACUGGAAAAUUAUAACUGUUUAUAUUUGAAUACCACAUAUAUAGACUUGAAUGAUCAUAUUCUUGUAUUGUUUAGGAGUUUGGUUUGGUAGUUCAACUCUUUUAAUGUUAGUUCAUUAACUAGCCGAGCAUAUAGUUUCAAGAUUUAAUUUGAUUCUUUUGUACUUGGUACUUAUCAGAGAAAUUAAUAAAACAGACUAAUUUUUUUAUA